GCCUUUGCUUCUGCAUUUCCACUUUGACAUUCUUUGUCUCUGAUUUCUUCUUCCAAUAAUAUUCUGACUUCUUUCUUUCUUUCACCUCUGCAAGCCCACAUUCCUUUGUCUCUCUUGUAAAUUUGUUGAUAUUUCAGUCCAUACCCACAGUUUUCCUUUUGACAGACUACCCACCAACAACUAUACAUGGAUAAUCAUGAUAUAUGAGAAAUUCCAUUGAUCGAUCGAUUUUGUAUAUAUUUUCAAAUUAACAGGUCCUUUGGGUUUCUAAAUCCUAUUGGGUACCGGUUUAUCUUACUUUUUCAAGAAAACCACCAAUUCAGCUUGUUUCUUCAUUAAGUAGUUGCAUCCUAAACUAGAAGUUAAAUAGAAAGAUAAAGAAAAUUGAAGACAAUGCAAGUUCCAUGGAAGCUGGGUUCGUUCACCAUUUCUGCAAAUGUUCUUAUUCUUCUGUUACUUAUUCCGUUUGUGCACUCAUAUUAUGAUCCGUUGGAACUUAUUAAAGAUAGAAUUCUCAAUAGCGAUAAACAAAGUGUUGAAAAGAUGAGUCCUAAACUUUCAUUUGAAAUAACAGUCCAUGGAGUGCUACUGUGGGUGUCAAUGGGUUUCUUAAUGCCUGUUGGGUUACUCAUUAUUAGAAUGUCUAAUACAGAAAUGUGUGGGAGAAGACUCAAACUUCUCUUCUAUCUUCAUGUCACUUUACAGAUACUUUCAGUUCUACUUGUGACUGUUGCAGCAGUUAUGUCUAUAAAAAACUUCGAAAACGUCUUCAACAACCAACAUAGGAGAAUCGGGGUUGCUCUGUACGCAUUUAUAUGGGUUCAAGCCUUCAUUGGCUUUCGCAGACCUCACAAAGGAAUUAGAGGAAGGAGCAAGUGGUUUUUCGUACAUUGGGGACUUGGAACAGGAAUAGCAGUGCUAGGAGUCAUCAAUAUAUAUACGGGAUUACAAGCUUAUCAUGAGAAGACUUCAAGAAGUAUAAGCCUAUGGUCUACACUCUUUACCAUUGAGAUUUGUUUCAUAACUUUUCUCUACUUAUUCCAGGAUAAGUGGAAUCACAUUCAAAAGCAAGGAAUGGUUUUGAGGGCUGAACCAGUCUUACCGACUAAUGAAGAAAAUAUCACAAGAGAAGAACCAAGAAUAAGAGCUAAAAACACAUUGUUGAUGAUUAUGAACAAAUAAUGGGUAUAGGGUAAAAUUUGUGUGACCGGAAUCUUUUCAUUAGAAAAGAAAUCUCAGCUAGAGUGUCCGUUAAUCGUUAUCAAUUAAGUUAAUUCGAGGGUUUAAAUUUCUUGAAUGUAUAAGUGAAAAUGCUUGAAGUAGCUAGUUAGUUUUAGAAGGAUGUUGGACAGUUUUAAGAUUUCAGGAAAAAACAUGCUCAUACCAGUUAGGCUCUCGAGGAGUGAACCUGGACCAGCCCAUGUCUCAUAUAAACAUUCUCAUAAGCAUGCAGAUCCCCAAAAGAGUUAUACGUUUCAAGUGAAUAAAACAAAAUUCCGUCUCUAUUGAAACAUAGUCUAGGGUGAUGUAUUUUGUUCUCCAUCUUAUUAGGGGUAGAAAAAAAGGGAGAGGUAGGUACAGCUGAUUAAUAAGUGCUUAGUUUAAUUUAUUUUUGUUAUCAUA